GAUUGUGCUUCAAAUCUCAACAAAUCGAUUUAGGUAUUAAACUUUUUCACAAUGCAAAAGUUUUAUUCCCAAAUAUCCUGUUAGACAUUGAAAAUUUUAAUAGUCUAAUUUCACUUUAUAAUAAAUCUGAACAAUAUGACAAUGCUAUUGCUGCUUUUAAACAAGCUCUUGAUUUGGGAAUUGAACCAGUAUCAACCACAUUUGAUUUACUAAUGGUAGCUUGUAGGAAUUCGCAAAAUUUAGAAUCUGUUAAAGAAAUUUUUGGUAUAAUUAUUAAGCACAAAAUUGUUCCAAAGGCUACUGCGUUAACAAAGAUACUCGAGAUGACACUUGAAUCGGACCCUAUUCGUAUGACAAAAGAAGUUCGAUGGAUAUUAAACAAAAUUGAUCAAAUUGGAUUGAACAAUCCUAAAUCACUUGUAACCAUUGCUACAAAACAAGGC